AUGGAAAAGCUCGACAUUAUCUUCUAUAUUAAAUAUCAGAUGAAGGUUUUAAGGGUACANUUUGUUCUGAAGAGACAUAUUGAAUCUAAACAUGAAGGAGUGAGAUAUCCAUGCGAACAAUGUGAUCACGCUGCCACUACAGCAAGUAGUUUGAAGAUUCAUAUUGAAAAUAAACAUGAAAGGGUGAGAUAUCUCUGUGGAAAAUGUGAUUAUAUGGCAACUAAAUCCAGUAAUUUGAAGAGACAUAUUCGAAGUAAACAUGAAGGGGUAAGAUAUUCAUGCGAACAAUGUAAUCACGCUGCCACUACAGCAAAUUGUCUGAAGAUUCAUAUUGAAAAUAAACAUGAAAGGGUGAGAUAUCUCUGUGGAAAAUGUGAUUAUAUGGCAACUAAAUCCAGUAAUUUGAAGAGACAUAUUCGAAGUAAACAUGAAGGGGUAAGAUAUUCAUGCGAACAAUGUAAUCACGCUGCCACUACAGCAAAUUGUCUGAAGAUUCAUAUUGAAAAUAAACAUGAAAGGGUGAGAUAUCUCUGUGGAAAAUGUGAUUAUAUGGCAACUAAAUCCAGUAAUUUGAAGAGACAUAUUCGAAGUAAACAUGAAGGGGUAAGAUAUUCAUGCGAACAAUGUAAUCACGCUGCCACUACAGCAAAUUGUCUGAAGAUUCAUAUUGAAAAUAAACAUGAAAGGGUGAGAUAUCUCUGUGGAAAAUGUGAUUAUAUGGCAACUAAAUCCAGUAAUUUGAAGAGACAUAUUCGAAGUAAACAUGAGGGAGUAAAAUAUCCAUGCGACCAAUGUGUAUAUGCUGCCACUACAGCAAGUGAUCUAAAGACACAUAUUGAAAAUAAACAUAAUGGAGUGAGAUAUCCAUGCGACCAAUGUGAAUUCUCUGCAACUGUUUCAAGUAGUCUGAGGAGACAUAUUGAAUCUAAACAUGAAGGAGUGAGAUAUCCUUGUUCUUAUUGUGAAUACGCAGCUACUCAACUAAGUAGUCUGACAAAACAUAUUAAAUCUAAACAUAAAGGGGUAAGAUAUCCAUGCGACCAAUGUGAUCACACUGCCACUACAGCAAGAUGUCUGAAGAGACAUAUUGAAUCUAAACAUGAAAGAUAUCCAUGCGAUCAAUGCGAGUACACUGCAACUACAGCAGGUAUUCUGAAGAUACAUAUUGAAAAUAAACAUGAAGGAGCGAUAUAUCCCUGUGAUUAAUGUGAAUACAUUACCAACCAUUCCUCUCAUAUAAAAACACAUCAAAAAAAGAACCAUGCACUGAAAACUUCAAAUUAUCACUUCUCUUCUAUUAAAUAAUUCUCUUAUUGUAGAAUUUAAUAUAUUAAUCUUUGUUCUAAUUGUAUAUUUUCUAUAUCAAAACCCAACUGUGUUCCCCCGCUCCCAUCAAAAUAAUAUCUUAAUCAUUUUUACCAUUUUGCAUAAAUUACAACUUUGAACAAAAUAGAAAUCAUGAACACAUUUUUUAAUUUUAUAAAAUAUCAAAUAUCAUUCCAAACUUUUAUGGAUGUUCGAGGGUUAAGAGUCCUCAGCUCAAACUCUCCAGAGGAAAUUCUGUAGCAGAACUUUCUUCGGAAUUUAUAGUUUUAGAUUUAAUUUAUGAGAUGAAGGGUUUCUUGUUACCAUUUGUAUCUAUGCUUCUUUGCGACUCCAACUGCUUUUUCGCAAUUCUUCUCAGAUUUUUAAAACGCUUAAAAUGCUCUUUAGUCCUUGUAAACAUGUAAACCUUGUAGUGAGGUUGUUUAUGGUUAAUACAUUUUGUAAUUGA